GAAAAUGAAACACCUUCCGAUGAUCUUAUGGCUCUUGCCUUGGAGAUUGUUCCAUUUUUCUUGAAGCAUAAUGCUGAAGCGGACGCCGUUGAUCUGUUACUCGAGUUAGAAGCUAUUGAAAAAUUGCCGGAUUAUGUAGAUAAAGAUAUUUAUGCGCGUGUAUGUCUUUAUAUGGUCAGUUGUGUAAAUUUGUUGGUUCCACCUGACGAUGUUGCUUUUUUGCGAACUGCUCAUGCAAUAUAUCGAAAAGAAAACAAAUUUACAGAAGCUGUAUCGUUGGCCAUCAGACUUGGAGAUCACGAUUUGAUACGAGAAGAUUUUAAUGCUGCCGGAGAACUAGAUGAACUUUUGCAAAAGCAGAUUGCUUUUUUAUUGGCAAGACAGCAAAUAUCUUUGCCGAUCGAAGACGAAAAAAUUCAAGAGAUAUUGAAUAAUACCCAUUUAACCACACACUUUAUCGCUCUGGCCAAAGAAUUAGAUGUCCUUGAACCCAAGACCCCCGAAGAUAUUUAUAAAAGUCAUUUGGAAAAUAUUC